ACAGCAACAGCAACAACUACAACAACAAGGAUAAGGACAAACAGAGAUACAACAACAACAAUGUUCCAGUCAAUUGCAUUAGUGCUCGUCCUGGUUGCCGCCCAGUCUCUGGCACAGGCUCCGAAGGAUGCGAACAGAAACGCUGCUGCUUCUGCUGUCCAGCUGCAGGCAACAGAGACACAAGCGGCGACGGCGGCGGCAGCAGCAGCAGCCGCAGCGGCUGCAGCGACGCCAUUCAGCAGCAAGCAGCUAACCAGAUGCCGCCAAAGCUGCUAUCAGCAGUUUGCGAGGGAUUGGAAUUAUUGCACGGAUUUCGUUGAUUGCAGAAGCUGUUGGCAAAACUGCCACAGGCAAUUGGCGCCCUUUGAGCUGCGCGUCCACCAUGCCCAACGACAGGGUGCACUGGUGCUGACCGACAUUGGAUGGGACGAGAUGAUUGCGAACGCAUCGCGUCAAUGCCUGAUCACCUGGGAGGUAUCCGGCGGCGGCCUCAUGGGCAACCUGCUCACAGAUACAGCACGCGCCGAGCUGUCACUCUGGCCGGAUACAGUGUACAACAUACAGGUGACCUGUAAGCAUAAGCUAACGGGUCUGAUGCGGCGUUCACUGAAGCUCAAUGUGGACACACAUCGGCUGCUGUCAGCGGCAGCGGCAACCAAUCGUUGGACAAAUCCCAGCCUGUUGCCCCUAAACGUGGAUAUGCUGCCAGCAGCAGCUGCGACAACAACAACUACAAAAGCAAUAGCCACAGCAGCAGGAGCGACAAUAACAACAAUUUUGCAGCGCGCUCGACCCACAGACCGUGUGUACAUCAUCAGUGCAUUGCCCACGGCCAGCCAGUUGAGCGGCGUUGUGUAUCCGGCCUUUGGUGCGUUGGCUUUCUUCCUGGCAUUGCUCGUUAUGUUCCUGUUUCUGCGUCCGCAACGCAAGCGGGCCUCUGAUGGUGAUGCGGACACCGCAUCCUUGCUAAGCGGUCGUCGCUCGCGGCUCUCCAUGGACAACUCAACGCUGCAUGUGUAGGCGCUCAAAAGGCGAACCGAGUUAAAUGACAAAAUAACAGCAACAACAACAACAACAGCAAAGAAACAAACCAACAACAACAACAAAAAGAGAGAACUUGUAGUCGUUUAUGUCUGACUAUGUGAUAUUCUGCACCCAAAUUGUACAUAACAUAGAUACACACAAACAAACAAACACACACACAGACACACACAGAUACAGACACAGACAUACAUAUAUAU